GGGAGGGUGUGAGUGUGUGCAUGGAAGUCUGGCAGCGGUGUGCGUGUCAUACCGUGUUGCUAUCUACGUGAGGGCCUCUGUGUGGUGGUUAGGAAGGCAGUUUUGUGUUGACCGUGUCCGGCCGAAGACGCAGAGCACCAUGGCUCCUGUAUGUGACCUGCCACCUCACCUGUCCCGCUUUGGGCUUCUGGGAAUGACAGAAGACCAGGAGAGGUGGAAGUGGUGUAUGGUGUCCCUGGAGUCAGUGUCUGUGGAAGUGUCCAUUCGCGGCUUCGUGGCCCAAGUGACUGCCAACAUGGUGUAUCACAACACUGCCGCACACCCACUGCAGGUGCAGGCGGUGCUGCCUGUGGAGGAGGGCGCAGCCGUGUACCACUGUGAGGCGCAGCUGGACGGCAGAACCAUUGUGACUCACUGCAUGGAGAAGAAAAAGGCAGAGAAGGUGUACAAGGAGGCUUUGAAGGAGGGGAAGACUGCCCUCAUGACACGAGAAGACCCUGACUCAAGCGACAUUCUCACGCUUAACCUCGGCAACUUUCCUGCGGGAACGAGGGCCAAGAUCACCCUUUGUCUGGUGAUGGAGUUGAGGGUUGAGACAGACGGCGCCAUCAGCUUUGUUUUGCCCACAGUGCUCAACCCGCGCUACACCCCUGCUGACCACCCUCGCAGGCAAGAUUGGGACUGGAGGAGGGAGGAUCGAGGGGUGUAUGUGACACAGCCUUACUCCAUGGAGGUGAAGGCACAAGUAUGUGGUAGCCACCAGAUAUCUCGGAUCGUCUCCCACACUGACCCACUCAACGUGACCCUGACUGAUGAUGCCAUGUCUGCCCAGGUGAGCCAGGACGGAGGGUUCAGCUGCGACCACGACUGGAGCAUGCUGGUGUACUACAGGAGUGCCUACCGGCCCCACCUUUUGCGGGAGACCGGUGAACGCUCUGCCACUGGGAUCAUGAAGGAUGACCUGCUCAUGCUGAACCUCUUCCCAGAGGUGCCCACCAACACCUACUCCAGCAGGAAUGAGAUUAUCUUUGUCAUCGACCGCUCAGGAAGCAUGCAUGGGCAAAAGAUAGAGAGUGCCCGGGCAACACUUCUUCUGUUCCUGAAGAGUCUGCCUCUGGGUUGCCUCUUCAACGUUGUCAGCUUCGGCUCAUCCUUCUCAGUGCUCUUCAAGAAGGGGAGUCGUGUGUACUCAGAGACAACGCUGCGUGAGGCAUGCCAGCUGCAGGCUGCGAUGAAAGCCGAUAUGGGGGGCACAGAGAUCCUGGCGCCACUCAAGGACAUCUAUGACAAGCCACCCACACCUGGCUACUCACGACAGAUCUUGCUCAUCACGGACGGGGAGGUCAGCAAUGUGGAUCAGGUGAGAAAGUUGGUGGGGCGCCACGCACAUGAGACAAGGCUGUUCUCUGUGGGCAUCGGACAUGGGGCAUCCACUGCUCUGGUGUGUGGGGCAGCCAGGGCAGGGCGUGGGAGGUCAGAGAUGGUCGUACAGCAAGGACCGCUGCAGCAAAAGGUGAUGGGCCUGGUGACCUCCAUGGUGCAGGAAAACAUUCAGGAGGUGACUGUGGCCUGUGAGGUGGAGCCGGCCUGCAGGGUGACGCUAGUACCCAAGGUGCCCCCCGUCAUCUUCGGCGGCCAGCACCUCAUCCUCUACGCCAGGGUGCCCCCCGCCACGCAGGUCAAGAAGAUCACAGUGCGAGGUCAGCUUGGCGCCAGUCCCAUCCUGAACACAAUGGAGGGGAAACAUUUAACUGUGGUGCACGACGAGGCCAAGUCCAUCCACAGGCUGGCGGCGCGCUCCCAGAUCCUGCAGUGGCAGCUCGACGAGGAGGAAGGCGUGGCAGAGGACAUGGUGGCGCUGAGUGUGGCGAGUGGUGUGGUUUGUCGCCACACAGCGCUGGUGGGCGUGGACCAGGAGUCAGGGAAGCCUGUGCCUGAAUCACCUUGUCAGGACCCUCGAGAAUCAGAUUUAGGGUACAGGUCGCGUUCUUACUCACAGCAGCAGCACGUCUUGUCUUCGUCAGUGGACGUGCCGUGCUCUUCAUUACAGACACGGUCAUUUUUUUCUUCAAACCAGCAGCGGCCCAGAAGAUGCAGAGGACUCUCCUCAGCACCACUGCAAGCACACACCAAACGUGCAGCACCACGAGCACUACGCACACAGUGCUGUGUAGCCUCAUCCACCAGUUCAGAUGAUGACAGUAACAGUUCAGAUGAAGACAGUAACAGUACAGAUGAAGACAAAGAUGUGUUAUGUAGCAAUGCUGGGGCCGCCUCCCAGCCUCUCUUGGGUCUCAUGGAGGUGGUGAACCUGCAGCAGUUUGAUGGGUCGUGGAAGCUGAAGGACGCAGCGCACCUCACCGCCGUGCCUCUUGAUGCUCUCUCUGCCGCCAAUCCCGCCAAGGGCGAGGCAGCUUGGGCCACAGCGCUGGUGCUGGUGCUGCUAGAGAGGAAGUUUGGUGAGCAGAGGGAGGAGUGGGAGCUGCUGGCCACCAAGGGGCGUGCUUUCCUGGUUGGGUGUGGGGAGCAGCCCGAGGAAAUGCUGGCCAAGGCUCGACUCACGCUGGACUCCCAGUGAUUACCCAUGGACGCAAGGUAGUGGCAGUGGUGACUUCCCCACAGGACCGGCCGGCAGCCAUUGCUGAGAGACAUAGUCAGAAACACUCUGCUCUCUCACCAUGACUAGUUUCCAAGGCCACAGAGAUGAUUAGCCUGGUUCUCAGGAAUAUUUUUUUCUGAUAAUAAGGUAAAAAUGUUGUUAAUCUGCCACUAGAAAUGUAAAAACACCCUUAGAAGCCUGCGUCACUUCAACAAGAGCCUUUUAAAAGUAGUGAAGGUGUGGUGUGGAAGUGUUUGAGAGUACAGUCCUGAAAGCCGUGGUGGAGCUGUGUAGUGUGGCAGUGGUGGGCUCACUGUCACUGAGGUGUUAUGCCACACACUUCUUGCGCCACUCAGUCAGGCUUGCAAUGUCCUAGUUUUCAUAGUAUACCCAAAUUUCAUAAUUUUCAUGAAAUUUGGAUAUAGUUUUUGCACACACACACACACACACACACACACACACACACACACACACACACACACACACACACACACACACACACACACAUACACACACACAUGGUCUUAGAGUUAAAGAGAAAUUGGAAAUGCUCAUGAAUGAGAUCAAACUUAUGAGAAAGGACUUUGAGGCUAAAUUUCCCCAGCUGGAGGUCAAGAAUAACCUCCUGAGAGAGAAAUGUGAAUACUUGACUAAGACGACUCAGGGAAAAGCUGAAAAGAAAUCUGAAGGAACUGUGGAUGAAAGCAAAUUAAAUGAACUGAGAGAUGCCUGGAAGAAGGCAAACAAAGAGGUGAGUUUCAUCGAAUUAGUUCACAAUCAAAUAGAGGAGGAGACAAAAGACACAGUAGUCAAAGUAAUUGAGGAGAAAGAAGCUAUGAUGAGGGACACACUGGAAAAGAAGAAAUAUGUUAUCAUGUUUGACCUUCAAGAGAAAAAGAAUCCAGCAAGAUAUGCAAGGGAGAGGGAAGAAAAGAGUUGGCAGGAAAAAUCAUUAGAGCAGUCCGGGAGGAAAUAGAGGAAGUACAUAGGAUUGGAAAAUAAACAGAGGGAGGCCAGAGACCACUGAAGGUGAGAAUGAUGUCACAGGUCACAGCAAAGGAAAUCCUGACAAAGGUAGGAACACUUUCCAAGAAUACCGACUACAAGAACGUAUGGUUAAAGAGAGACGUGAAUCUUAAUGAGAAAAAGAAUGAAGGCCAAGAAAUAAAGCUAAGAAAAAAAACAAGAAAAGUACAGGAGAUGGAGAAGAGGAGUUUUUCCUUUUACAUUUCCACUGGAAUGCAGUGGAAAUGUGGCACAGAAGUAUUAGAGUAUACUUCUCAGUUCAGAGUUUAACACAACACUACACACCAUGGAAGGCACAACAGAAAUCAUUUACAUGCACAUUCAAGAAAGGAAAAGAAUUGAAAGAAGCAGAUUGUUUAACUCCUAGCCAGUAUGGUAUGUGGGGAUGCCUGUGGGAGAAUACUCAUGCUUCUUAUUGGUUUGACAAAUAACAAAAAAGCAGGACAAGAUGGAUAGCUAGCCUUCUCACACCCUUGUCUCUGGUGCAUAGCAGUUCCUGAGUACGGCACGCGGGGCGGCCCAGACAAGGCACACACACACACACACACACACACACACACACACACACACACACACACACACACACACACACACACACACACACACAUUCACACUGCCCCGUCAGCCCCUGGUGGAAAGGGACAGUUUGGUGGCUCACCCUACUACAUCACAAUAUACUGGAUAUAAAUUGAGAAUGGAGCAAAAAUGGUUUCCUUCUGUGCGUAAAUAGGAAAGUUUCUUGCCAUUAAUUAUGCACAAUAUAUACAUAAGAAAAUAUGUAUAGUAUAACCCCAGCCAUCCGGCACCAAUGGGGGGCAGUGUGUUCCGGAUAGCUGGAUUUUACGGUUGGUUGAGUUACUCUUAUUAUAAGUAUUCAAUUUUCAGCAAGAACCGAAGUAAAAUACUAUACAAAUGAAAAAAAAUGAAUAAAUAAAUAGAUAAAGAUUGUACUUACUGAUGUGUUGACAGUCAGGAUACACACUAAUGAUCCUUAUUCACUACUGCAUAUAUGUCUUGUAAAACUAGUUUCUUAACAUUAAUUUCAUUGAUAUGUAUCACUAGUCAGAUGAAGGUAAGGGGUUAUCAGGGUUUUCUUCCACAAGCAUAAGCCUGUCAACCAGUGCAGGCUCCGACACCGACAUGUUGAUGUUUGCUCUGACACAACCAAUGUUUACGUUUACAUUUGACUGGGACCUUCGGCAUGGCGUGCUAUUAAGGAAACUGUAUGGAUACCCGGCAAAAACACUCGACUAACAACUUGUUGUAUAUGCAAGUGGAGGGGAAACAAAACAUUCCACUCCCUCUGCUUGCCUGGCGCCAAUUUCAAAUGUUCGUUGAUUUUUAGAGUACCUGUUAUUUUAUUUAUCUAUUUUCCGCAGAAAAAAUAAAUAAAUAGAAAGGUAAAUAAAUCCAGUUGUUUGAGAAUUUCAGAUAACUGAAUACCGGAUAACAGGGGUUAUGCUGUGUUAGACAUAAGCUGUCGAGCCGAGGCUCCCUGACAGAUAUACUUUAUUAUCAUCAAAAUUUUACAUGGCUGAGUAUCAUCUAUGACUUACAUUAUAUUUACAAUUUACAAGUAAAACACGAAAACAUGGUAAAUAUACCAAGUAAAUGUAGCUAGUUAUGUGACUGGAAAAUUUGUAAAUCAAACA